AUGCCCAUUAUCAAUGGCGUGAAGAUGGCCUGUGAGCCAUGCAUACGAGGCCAUCGAUCCACGAAAUGCAACCAUGCCAACGAGAGACUUAUGGUUCCUGUGAGGAAGCCGGGCAGGCCGCUCAGUGCGUGCCCUCACCCCCGAGAUCAGGCGUGUGGGUGUGGUGGUGUCACUGCUGCCAUUCCAAGGAAACAUACAUGUCAUUGUGGAGGCGAUACAUCAGUUCCAGUCCCGACCCCGAUAGAACUUGUCCCACGAGACGGGAAUGGGUCCUUGGCUGAAGCGUCUUCUCCUACUAGAGGCCCAUCCAAGAUCCAGAAGGCAUCUGCCCGGCCACAGUCUAACAGGAAGCUGUCUUUCGAUCCGGCCAAUUUCGAGAGGAUGGACAUGAACAGCGUCAACAUAGUGCCAUUUGAACAACGACCUUCCGGCGUGGUGCCAAUUCCCUUUCCUAGCGGAUACGCGAUCAGUGGCACCCCGCAAGAGUAUGGAUUCAUACCCCAGUAUGCGAACGUGCAACCACAUUAUGGCCAUCUGCCAAUGCAGGCCCCUCCACACAUACCCUCGCCGAAUGGCAGGAUGAAUGGUAUAACUAAUGGCGCCCAUCAGAAGGGACUUGGGCAUGUGGCAGCAGAGAUUUCUAUGGGCAUGCCCAUGGAAUUGAAGAAUGGCGGGCUGGGUUACAGGGAAAAUGGCACCUCGUGCUGCCCGCCGCCAAGUUCAACGAAGGUUACAAAUGGGGAAACGAGCGACACGAGCAACGGAAGCAACGAGAGCUCGUGUUGUACACCAAAACAAUCAAGUCACAGCCAUAACUCGUCUAGUGCGAGCUCAAUAUCUGAACCUCAAGAACCCAACGGAAGCUGCUGCUCGUCCAAUGCCGUGCCGGAAAUGGUCAAACCCGAAUCGGCAUCAAACCAGGGUACUCCGUUAAACAUGACGCCCCAGAUGGGCCACCAAAUACUUCCAGAAAACGGAAUGCCCUUUAACCCAGCUCUAUAUCCUCAGUAUCCACCUCACCCUACUGUCUUCACUUACCCUCCAACUUAUGGCUCGUUCCAAAACCCUCUUCAACCGUCGGCAUGGCGGCAAGGUGUGCGCGCCGUCAGCUACGCAGCUCCUCAAUUCCAGAAUUCCAUGGCUUCGGGUGCCGUACCCUUCGUUACACCUGUCAUCCCAGAAACAAACGACACCAUUCAUACGUGUAGUUGUGGCGAUACAUGCCAAUGUAUCGGUUGUGCGGCCCAUCCUUAUAACGAUGCAACACAAGACUACGUCCGCUCCGCUUGGUCCUCUAUGGCACCAGAGCGGCGGACAAGUGAACUUUACACCAACGGACAAUACUCCAAUGGGAAUGGGAACGGGAAUGGGAAUGUGGCGGCUGACGGGUCCCAUGGAGUGGAAACUGUCCCCUCUCCAACGGCGAGCACCGCAUCCGGCAACGGCGAAGAGCAGAGUCUCUCGGCGUCGGAUUUCUUUUUCGUCAACUACCCCUUCUCCCCCGAUGGGUGCGGAGGUGAUACGCAGAGCUGUCCCUGCGGCGAUGAUUGUCAAUGUCUCGGCUGCACGAUACAUCGGCAGCCGCCAAGUAUGCCAUGUGGUGGUGAAAAGGAGAUUUGCCCUUGUGGAGAUGAUUGUGAGUGUAUUGGGUGCGAGAUACACAAAGGCCGUGUUGGUCUUACGGUUGCAUGA